GCCAGACACAACAAAAUGAACAGUUCCGAGUCGUUGCUAUUAAUAAUCUUGACCCAGAUUGUUUUUGACUGAAAGAGUUUUAAUAUGUCGGCAGUCGCGUUCGUUAGCUCUUAAUGUUGAAAAAAGCCGGAAGUUGCUUUUGAGUGACGUAUGCGGAGCUUGACGCGAAUCUGCUCGGAUCGCUGCGGCUCAUCCCUACAUCGCGGCUUUGUUCGCCGGCCCGGGAUUGUUCCAUGCAGUAUUGAUGCCAGGCGGCCAUGUCCACCAUGGUGUACCCUCGAGAAGAAGCCCUGGAGCGUCUGAGCCAGGAUGAGAUCGUGGUCAACACCAAGGCCGUCAUGCAGGGCUUGGAGACGCUGCGCGGCGAGCACGCCCAGCUCCUCAACUCGCUUCUGGACUGCGCCCAAGCGCCGGCCGUGCAGGAAAAGUCGGGUGCGCUCCGCAAGAGCAUGGAGGCCAUUGAGCUGGGCUUGGGAGAAGCUCAGGUGAUCAUCGCUCUGUCGGGCCACCUGAGCGCGGUGGAGUCGGAGAAGCAGAAGGUGCGCGCGCAGGUGCGGCGCCUGUGCCAGGAGAACCAGUGGCUGCGCGACGAGCUGGCGGCCACGCAGCACAAGCUGCAGCGCAGCGAGCAGAGCGUGGCGCAGCUGGAGGAGGAGAAGAAGCACCUGGAGUUCAUGAACCAGAUCAAGAAGCUGGAUGACGACGACGCGGCUGUGGCCUCGCCCGCCGACGACAAGAACCAAAUCUCGGGCGGCGGUGACACGGCCAAGGACAGCCUGGACGACCUGUUCCCCAACGACGACGACCACGGGACGGGUACGGCCGCGGCUACCGGACCUCAAAAGCGGCGGUUGACAAACGUAUCCUUGCACGCAGCCCAGCCCAGCGGCGAGGCGGCGGCGCAGCAGGGCGGCUACGAAAUCCCGGCCCGCUUGCGGACCCUCCACAACCUGGUGAUCCAGUACGCCUCGCAGGGCCGCUACGAGGUGGCCGUGCCGCUCUGCAAGCAGGCCUUGGAGGACCUGGAGAAGACGUCGGGACACGACCACCCCGACGUGGCCACCAUGCUCAACAUCCUGGCUCUGGUCUACAGGGACCAGAACAAGUACAAGGAAGCGGCACACCUUCUCAACGACGCCCUGGCCAUCAGGGAGAAGACGCUGGGCAAGGACCACCCGGCCGUGGCGGCCACCCUCAACAACCUGGCCGUCCUCUACGGCAAGCGGGGCAAGUACAAGGAGGCCGAGCCGCUGUGCAAGCGUGCGCUGGAGAUCCGCGAGAAGGUGUUGGGCAAGUACCACCCGGACGUGGCCAAGCAGCUCAACAACCUGGCGCUGCUGUGCCAGAACCAGGCCAAGUACACCGAGGUAGAGUACUACUACCGCCGCGCCCUGGAGAUCUACCAGUCCAAGCUGGGCGCCGACGACCCCAAUGUGGCCAAGACCAAAAACAACCUGGCCACCUGCUACCUCAAGCAGGGGAAGUUCAAGGACGCCGAGACGCUCUACAAGGACAUCCUGACCCGAGCGCACGAGCGCGACUUUGGCUCCGUCAACAACGAAAACAAACCCAUUUGGAUGCACGCCGAAGAGCGAGAAGAGAGCAAGGCCAAGCAGAAGGAGGCCGGCCCGUAUACCGAGUACGGCAGCUGGUACAAGGCCUGCAAGGUGGACAGCCCCACGGUCAACACCACCCUGAAGAGUCUGGGUGCCCUCUACCGCCGCCAGGGCAAACUGGAGGCGGCUGAAACGCUGGAAGAGUGCGCCAGCAAGUCCCGCAAGCAGGUAGUAAAACCUCGGAGAGCCGCUCGGCCAGACGAGUACCGCAGAGUUCCCCAACUCCCUCCCUUCCUUCCUCAGGGCUUUGACGCCAUCAACCAAAGCAAGGUGGUGGAGCUGCUAAAGGACGGAGGAGAGCGCCGGCACGGCAGAGAAGGCGCCAGCAGCUGCGCCAAGGGCGAGAGCGACGCCGACGACUCUGCCGAGUGGAACGGGGACGGCAGCGGCUCCCUUCGGCGCAGCGGCUCCUUUGGGAAGAUCCGCGACGCGCUGAGGAGGAGCAGCGAGAUGCUGGUCAAGAAGCUUCAGGGAAGCGGACCUCAAGAACCGCGCAACCCGGGAAUGAAGAGAGCGAGCUCCCUCAAUUUCCUUAACAAGAGCGCAGAGGAGACGGCGCAGGACGCCAACUCAGGCCUGUCAGACUGUCGGGGACUCAGCGCCAGCAACGUGGACCUCACAAGACGCAACUCCCUAAUUGGCUAAAUACAAGCUUGGAGGCGGGGCUCAGGGGGGGGGGGCGCACAUCAAGCUCGCUUUUUGUUUUCCUUUUCGUCCACUCACUGUUGUCCAUACCCACUCGGCAUGUGAACACAGACGCCUCACGGCCCAAACGGUAGCCUCGGCGUUGGCACGACGACGCGUCACUCACCACGUCGCUACGAUUAGUCGCUCGCUUGACGGUCGCUUAGAAUGCGGACGCGGCUUCAGAACAGGACAACUAGCGCUUGUUGCUGUACAAACGUAGCACCUUCAUGAAUGUCAUACAAUUGCAUCCGAGCAGAUUAGUUCUUCUAGACACUUAGUAGGAACAUCUCCGCAAAUCAAUAAACGCGCUUGAAGAUGCUUCAAUCAAUUAAUAAACAUGUACCAGGGCAGUGCGCUCGUUUGUUUACAUUCUGGCACUGGGCUCAUGGGCCAUUUUGUUUUUUUUAU